GGCUUUGUCGAAAUUCACACGCCGAAAAUCAUAUCCGCAGCCAGCGAAGGCGGUGCCAAUGUCUUCACAGUAUCGUAUUUCAAGAGUUCGGCUUAUCUCGCACAAUCUCCUCAGCUUUACAAGCAAAUGGCCAUCGCUGCUGAUUUCGACAAGGUGUUCACUGUUGGUGCAGUUUUUAGGGCUGAAGAUUCAAAUACUCACAGACACUUGACAGAAUUCGUGGGACUUGAUUUAGAGAUGGCAUUUAAGUACCACUACCACGAGGUUGUCGAUACUAUUGGUCAGAUGUUCACUGAAUUGUUCAGGGGACUUGAGAAUAAUUAUGCUGACGAGAUAGCAGCUGUACGUCAGCAAUACAGAGUGGAGCCAUUUAAAUUUCUCGAUCCUCCACUGAAGCUGGAGUUCCCACAGGCGAUUAAAUUACUCGCUGAGGCUGGAGUUACUCUCGGUGAAGAGGACGAUCUCUCGACACCAGAUGAAAAAUUACUUGGAAAACUCGUUAAAGCUAAAUACGACACUGAUUUUUAUAUUCUGGAUAAAUAUCCUCUCGCUGUGAGGCCAUUCUAUACGAUGCCUGAUCCUACAAAUCCUAAAGCGUCAAAUUCGUACGACAUGUUCAUGAGAGGAGAGGAAAUUAUUUCUGGAGCUCAACGUAUUCAUGAUCCUGAGUUUCUGACUGAGAGGGCUAAACAUCAUGGAAUUGAUAUCGAGAAAAUAAAGGCGUACAUCGACGCCUUCAGAUAUGGCUGUCCACCCCACGCAGGUGGUGGAAUUGGAAUGGAACGAGUGGUGAUGCUUUAUCUGGGCCUCGAUAACAUCAGGAAAGUAUCCAUGUUCCCACGUGAUCCAAAACGCAUAACUCCUUAAUUCCCCAACAAUACGAUCUAUUGUACGUGUUUUUCUAUGAAUAACAUGAAAUAUUGCCAAGAAUGUUAUAAAGAAAUUUUAAUAAAGAAUUUCUACCAAA